AUGUUAACCAUAAAUUAUUCUUCUAUAAUAACUUUUGAAAACAAUGUUUCUUAUUUCAUAAAUGAAAAUUCAUGUAUUAAUUCAAAAUAUGAUGAACAAAGACAUUUAUCAACAAUAAAAAUGAAUGAUAUUAAUGAUUCAAUAAAUAUUUAUAGACUUAAUCAACAUAUGCCAACAAAUUCAUCUUGGAUAGAAAAAUGUAAAAAACGAGUUAUUCGUAUUUUUAAACAAAUUUUUAAAUCAACAACAAUGACUAAGAAACAAGAUUCGAUGGCAACAAUGAAUUCAGUUCAUCAACAAUCAACAUUUAUAUAUGAUCCUGAAAUUGAUUUACGUGAAGAACAUAUUACAUUAAUAUCAAAACAUUUAUUAACAACAUUACGUGAAAGUAAAAUAAAACAUUUAUCAUGUAAUAAUUUAUUUCUUCCAUGUAAUCAUAUUCGAAAUAUUGCUCAACAAUGUUUAAUUAUGUCAGCUGAAGAACCAUUUGGUAUUAUGGGUGCACAAAUAAAAAUAAAAUUAACAUUAUUAUCAUCAAAUAUGAAAUCAACAAUAGUAAAAUAUUUACCAAUAAUAAGAAUAAAUUCAAAACAAAAAACAAUAUUUGAAAUUGAAAUUGAUUUACAUGAAGAUACAAAAGUAUUUACAUUAAGAAGAUUUUUACCUGAUAUUAAAUUAUUUAAACAAUUUAAAGAAAAAAGUUCAUUAUAUGUAAGUCCCCGGUGUUUACUUGUUAAAAAUGUUUUUUAUAAAACAGCUGAACCAAAACAAGCGAUUGUUAAUUCAAUGACAUUAUCUUAA